CACCUGUCCGUGUCCUGGACGUGGUGACACGGUACGGUGCUCGGCUGGCCGCGCUCAUAGCACGUCUCUCUUUCAUCUCCACGUCGCUCUGGGCAACCUAAACCCGUAAUUUGUUGUCCCAGCCGCUGUUCCUUCCCUCCUGCUGAGUGUAGCCCCCCCGUGCCGCGCCCGUCCCCUCCCGGUGCCCAGAUCUGAGUCCCACCGAGCUCCCCGGGGUCGUGGAGCAUCAGGAGCAGCCCUGGCCCCGCUCCCAGCCCUGCUGCGGUUGCAGCUCCUGUUGCCUCUGGGCGCUUCCCUGGACGCUUCCUCGGACGUGGGGAGUAUCCCAAGGAAUGUUUUCUUUCCUUGGGCGGCAGAUCGCAGCGCACAGGGUCUGCUCUGUGCCCUGUCCUGGGCUGCACCCCGGCUGACCGCAGCGGGGCCGGGCUCGCCCUCGCCCAGCACGGCAGCGCCGCAGCCGGAGGGGCCCCCGCAGACCUGAGGGGUCCCCGCAGCGGGUAGGUGGGUGCCGAGGAGAGCCGGGACAAGGCAGGAUCGUCCGGGACACUCUGAGCUGCGAGGGGUCCCGCCGGCCCCAACCUCUGCCGGGGUCUCCUGCUCUCGUGGAAGGGGUCACAGCCAGCCGGGCAGGUCAGCGGUGCCCGUCCCUGCGGUCAGGGACCAUGGCAGACACCGAGGAUGCCCCGCGCGAUGCCGGGGAGGGCGCGGGGGAGGACGGCUCCCUCCAGAACGAAUCCUUCCCGCUCUCCUCUCUGGCCAACCUGUUCGAGAGCGAGGACACCCCGAACGCCACCGAGGCAGCCCGGGGUCCCCCCGGCGCCGGGGAUGGAAAGCAGAACCUUCGCAUGAAAUUCCACGGGGCCUUUCGGAAAGGCGCCCCGAAGCCCAUGGAGCUGCUGGAGGCCACCAUCUACGAGUCCCCCGUGGUCCCCGCGCCCAAGAAAGCCCCCAUGGAUUCCCUCUUCGACUACGGCACCUACCGCCACCACCCCAGCGAGAACAAGCGCUGGCGCAGGAGGAUCGCGGACAAGCAGCCGCCAGCCGCCAAGGGACCGGCUCCCGAGCCGCCCCCCGUCCUCAAGGUCUUCAACAGACCCAUCCUCUUCGACAUCGUCUCCCGGGGGUCCCCGGCCGGCCUGGAUGGGCUCCUCUCCUUCCUGCUCACCCACAAGAAGCGCCUCACAGACGAGGAGUUCCGAGAGCCCUCCACGGGAAAGACUUGCCUGCCCAAAGCCCUGCUCAACCUGAGCGGGGGCAAGAACGACACCAUCCCCGUCCUGCUGGACAUCGCCGAGAAGACGGGAAACAUGCGGGAGUUCAUCAACUCGCCCUUCAGGGACGUCUACUACCGAGGUCAGACAGCCCUGCACAUCGCCAUCGAGCGCCGCUGCAAGCACUACGUGGAGCUGCUGGUGGAGAAGGGAGCAGACGUCCAUGCCCAGGCCCGCGGCCGCUUCUUCCAGCCCAAGGGCGAGGGCGGCUACUUCUACUUCGGUGAGCUGCCCCUCUCGCUGGCCGCCUGCACCAACCAGCCGCACAUCGUGCACUACCUGACGGAGAACGGGCACAAGCAGGCGGACCUGCGGCGCCAGGACUCCCGCGGCAACACCGUGCUGCACGCCCUGGUGGCCAUCGCCGACAACACCCGCGAGAACACCAAGUUCGUCACCAAGAUGUACGACCUGCUCCUCGUCAAGUGCGCCAAGCUCUUCCCCGACACCAACCUGGAGACGCUGCUCAACAACGACGGCCUCUCCCCGCUGAUGAUGGCAGCCAAGACCGGCAAGAUCGGGAUCUUCCAGCACAUCAUCCGGCGGGAGAUCACGGACGAGGACGCCCGGCACCUCUCCCGAAAGUUCAAGGACUGGGCGUACGGCCCCGUCUACUCCUCCCUCUACGACCUCUCCUCGCUGGACACCUGCGGGGAGGAGGUGUCCGUGCUGGAGAUCCUCGUCUACAACAGCAAGAUCGAGAACCGCCACGAGAUGCUGGCUGUGGAGCCCAUCAACGAGCUGCUGAGGGACAAGUGGCGCAAGUUUGGGGCUGUCUCCUUCUACAUCAGCGUGGUCUCCUACCUCAGCGCCAUGAUCAUCUUCACCCUCGUCGCCUACUACCGCCCCAUGGAAGGCCCUCCGCCCUACCCCUACACCAGCACCGCCGACUACCUGCGCCUGGCCGGGGAGAUCAUCACCCUCCUCACUGGAAUCCUCUUCUUCUGCACAAAUAUCAAAGACCUGUUCAUGAAGAAGUGCCCAGGUGUGAACUCCUUCUUCAUAGAUGGCUCCUUCCAGCUGCUCUACUUCAUCUACUCGGUGCUGGUGAUUGUCACGGCAGGGCUGUACCUGGGUGGCAUCGAGGCUUACCUGGCUGUCAUGGUCUUUGCACUGGUGCUGGGCUGGAUGAAUGCCCUGUACUUCACCCGUGGGCUCAAGCUGACAGGGACCUACAGCAUCAUGAUCCAGAAGAUCCUCUUCAAAGACUUGUUCCGCUUCCUCCUGGUCUACCUGCUCUUCAUGAUUGGCUACGCUUCAGCCCUGGUGUCCCUCCUCAACCCAUGUCCCAGCAGUGAGUCCUGCAGCGAGAGGUCCAACUGCACAGUGCCCACCUACCCGUCGUGCCGGGACAGCCAGACCUUCAGCACCUUCCUGCUCGACCUCUUCAAGCUCACCAUUGGCAUGGGCGACCUGGAGAUGCUCGAGAGCGCCAAGUACCCGGGUGUCUUCAUCAUCCUCCUUGUCACCUACAUCAUCCUCACCUUUGUGCUCCUCCUCAACAUGCUCAUCGCCCUCAUGGGCGAGACCGUGGGCCAAGUCUCCAAGGAGAGCAAGCACAUCUGGAAGCUGCAGUGGGCCACCACCAUCCUGGACAUCGAGCGCUCCUUCCCGGUGUUCCUGCGGAAAGCCUUCCGCUCGGGGGAGAUGGUCACUGUGGGCAAGGGCACGGACGGGACCCCUGACCGCCGCUGGUGCUUCAGAGUGGACGAGGUGAACUGGUCCCACUGGAACCAGAAUCUGGGCAUCAUCAGCGAGGACCCUGGCAAGAGCGACACGUACCAGUACUACGGCUUCUCCCACACCAUGGGGCGGCUGCGGAGAGAUCGGUGGUCGACGGUGGUGCCACGCGUGGUGGAGCUGAACAAGAGCUGCCCGCCGGAGGAGGUGGUGGUGCCCCUGGGGAACCUGGGCACGGCGGAGCCGCGGGAGCGGCGGCACGGCCAUGCCCCGAGCUCCCCGCUCUAGCACGGCCAUGCCCCGAACUGCCCGCUCUAGCACGGCCGUGCCCCGAGCUCCCCGUUCUAGCACGGCCGUGCCCCGAGCUCCCCGUUCUAGCACGGCCGUGCCCCGAGCUCCCCGCUCUAGCACGGCCAUGCCCCGAGCUCCCCGUUCUAGCACGGCCAUGCCCCGAGCUCUAGCACGGCCCUGCCCCGAGCUCCCCGUUCUAGCACGGCCAUGCCCCGAGCUCCCCGCUCUAGCACGGCCGUGCCCCGAACUGCCCGCUCUAGCACGGCCGUGCCCCGAGCUCCCCGCUCUAGCACGGCCGUGCCCCGAACUGCCCGCUCUAGCACGGCCGUGCCCCGAGCUCCCCGUUCUAGCACGGCCGUGCCCCGAGCUCUAGCACGGCCAUGCCCCGAGCUCCCCGUUCUAGCACGGCCGUGCCCCGAACUGCCCGCUCUAGCACGGCCGUGCCCCGAGCUCCCCGCUCUAGCACGGCCGUGCCCCGAACUGCCCGCUCUAGCACGGCCGUGCCCCGAGCUCCCCGUUCUAGCACGGCCAUGCCCCGAGCUCCCCGUUCUAGCACGGCCGUGCCCCGAGCUCUAGCACGGCCGUGCCCCGAGCUCCCCGCUCUAGCACGGCCCUGCCCCGAGCUCUAGUCCGGCCCUGCCCCGAGCUCUAACAUGGCCAUGCUCCGAGCUCUAGUCCGGCCGUGCCCCGAGCUCUAACAUGGCCAUGCUCCGAGCUCUAGCACGGCCCUGCCCCGAGCUCUAACAUGGCCAUGCUCCGAGCUCUAGCACGGCCCUGCCCCGAGCUCUAACAUGGCCAUGCUCCGAGCUCUAGUCCGGCCGUGCCCCGAGCUCCCCGCUCUAGCGCGGCAGCACCGCCUGCCCACGGACUCCGCCCGGGCUCUGGAUUCUCGGCGGGGCUGGAUGGUGCUUGUCUGCUCCUCAGGGAUUCGCGCAGCCUCUCCCCUCCUGCCGCUGUCCCGGGGGGUGUCCAGCCCGGUUCGGGGUCCUGGCCGUGCCCCGGUAGUCUCGGCCCUCACCGGCUCGGCUCUCGCUCGGGUGCCGUGCCGGGAGCCUCGGCCCCCACCUCCCGCCAAGGCCCUUGGUUUUUGCCACAGAGUUUUGCACAAGAUUUAUACGAUUAUUUAUUUAGUAAUAAAGACUGACCUGCCAC